AUUCGUAAAUUGUAGGUGGCAGUUGCAGUUGAAAAUUCGAGAAAAUGAAAGAAAGAAAGAUAAUGAUUUUUUUAUGGUUCGUUAUCGUUGAAACGCAUUUUCAAAUCUGGUGAAUAACAUAACCCUCUCACCCGCGCAUAUCUCACUCACACUCACACUCACACUCACACAAACGCCAUUUCUCAUUCUCACUCAAAACAAACACACAAAAUGCAGAGAAACACACCCCUCAGCAUCCACACUUCAACCUCCGAUCUCUUAACAUGGCCCGAACAACCUCCGCCGGACUCCCCCGCCUCCGCUCACCGCUCUCACCAGCCUUCCGAUAAAAUCGGCGAGGUUCUCCGCGGAAUUCAGCUCACUGAGGAAGAAGCACAGACUCUGGCCAAAAAGAAACCAUGCUCAGGAUAUAAAAUGAAAGAGAUGAAUGGAAGUGGUAUAUUUUUGGCUAGUGAGGAAGAUACUGCAUCAGAAGGCAAUUCUGCAAAUGCAAACAACAGAACAAGCAUACGUGUCUAUCAGCAAGCAAUGAGUGGAAUUAGUCAGAUAUCAUUCAGUACUGAUGAAAGCAUUUCUCCAAAGAAACCAACCUCUAUACCGGAGAUAGCAAAGCAGCGUGAACUUAGUGGAACAUAUCAAAGUGAAUCAGACACAAAGAGUAAGAAACAAAUAUCAAGUGCCAAGACCAAGGAGCUCAGUGGAAAUGAUAUAUUUGGCCCUCCCCCAGAAAUUGUGCCUCGUUCAUUGGCUGCUGCACCCGCUUUGGAAUCGAAAGAAAGUAAAGGUGUGCGAGAACCUGUUCAACAAAAGGUGCAGGAAACAGCGAAAGUUUCUAAACCUGCCGGUGGCCAAAUUAAUCUCUUAUUUGGUGAAGAAUCAGUUAAGAAGACAUCAAAGAAAAUACAUGACCAGAAGUUUGCAGAGCUGACGGGCAAUAAUAUUUUCAAGGGAGACGUUCCUGUUGGAUCAGCAGAAAAACCUCUAAGCAGGGCUAAACUUAAAGAAAUGGCUGGGAGUGACAUCUUUGCUGAUGGAAAGGCAGAAACCAGAGACUGUAUACGAGGUGCUCGUAGACCACCUGGUGGAGGAAGCAGCAUUGCCCUCCUUUAAACUUGAUGUCUAAAUUGGUUCCAUUUACGUGUGUGCGAUCUUUAAAUUCCUCUCAAGUUCCAUCUUUGACUGAAAGAAUCAGUGUGUUGGAUUGUCAGCGUUGUAUAUUUACAGCAUAACCCCUGACGCAGUAUAAUUAGUGUUACGAUAAAGGGUGCAAAUGGUUAUUUAUGUUAUAUACACAAUCAUAUAUUGGAUUAAUAAAAUUGUUUUAAGAUUUUUUUU